GUGAGAUGUUUUUGUUUUUCUUUCUUGAUUCAUUUUUCUUCAAUUCAAUUCUUUUGAAUUAAAAUCAAAUUAAUCCAAAAUAUUCCAUGUGUUGAUGGACUAAUUAAUCUUUACUUGUAAUUGUUUGUUUUUUUAUAUUUAAUUAGUAUGGUUACCAUAGGAUAGAGUUUAAGAAACAACAAUUGAAUUAGAAGAGAAAAACGAAACAAUCGAAGUGAUUUCCAAUUCUAGUGACUCAUUUGGGGCUUUUCUUUGCCGAGUUUAAAUAUUGUUCCUUUUUUUUAUUUUUUAUUAUAUUCUAAACUUCUUAUUCUGACAAUUCUCUUUGAUUAAAGUGUUGAUAGUUUUGUUCUAUCAUCAGUGCAUCAACCAUGUUGAGUAGAAUUUUACCUUUAUGCAAUCAUAAUUAUUACAUUGAAAGAGUAAAAUUUGGAGUACCUUUAGAUGAAGUGUGCUGUAUCCAUGAUGAUAUUCCAGGACCUUUAUUAAUACUCAUAUUAAAAUUGAACAAAGAAGGUCCUUAUAAGAAAGAUGUCUUCAGAGCACCAGGUCAUCAAGCUAAUAUGAAAAAGUUGAUCCAUUUCCUUCAAACAGGACGUUUAGUUAAUAUUGACAAUUUUAGUGUUUAUACUAUUGCAUCUGUUUUAAAAAAAUUCCUACGAAAACUUCCUGAUGGUAUUUUCGGACAUGAAGCUGAAUCUCGACUUUUCGAGAUAAUUGAAAAAGAAGACACAGAAUGGAUAAGAGAAGAGAUUCACCGACUAAUAUCAUCUCUACCUCCAGUUAAUCAGCAUCUAUUGGUUCUUCUUUUUGGAACAUUCAGAGCGAUAGCCAGUACAAGUUCCAAAGCCAAAACAGGGAUGACAAGUGAAGCUUUAGGAGUUUCCGUUGCUCCCUCUUUCCUUCACAGUUGUAGCUCCGAUGGAUGUAAAAUCGCUAAAAUGGAAGAUGUUCGUCGAUACAAGAUUGCUACUAAUGUAAUGAAAUUCCUGAUUGACAAUUUCGGUGUCUCUAAUCUCUUUGGUCGUGAAAAUUAUGAGUAUUAUGCAAGAAUUAGUGGACGAGUAUUGAAAGUUGAAGAAAAUUGGAUUUUCGCCUUUAAAUACCCUCCAGAUUCAUUUGUAACUCCAAUAUCUUCCUGUGAAGAAUGUCAAAGUACACCUACUCUCUGUCCUUCAUCCUCAUCCGAGGUUUCAUCAUCUGCUUGUAAAGCUGUUGACAAAGGAGCAAUUCUUGCUGAUGAUGUUUAUGCUCGUUUAAGCAUGUCACUGGAGGAAAAUUUUUUCAAGGUUAAAACAACCAAGUCAAAUCCAUCAACAGCAACAACAUCACCAACCAUAAUCACCACAUCAUCACCCAUCUAUCACCAUCACUAUCCUCAACAUUUAAUGCAUGAAUCACAAGAUAUGCAAGAGCACGAAGAUGACAGCUUAAACUUAGAGCAACUUCGACAGGUUAAUCGUUAUGCGGAAAGUACAAAAUCUUUAUCAUUUCUUCCAAUUGUACACGAACGUCAAACCCAAAGAAUGAAAACUCGUUCUGAAUGGUUUCUUAAUCCUGGUGAAACUGAACUACCUCCAAGUUCAUCGUCAGCCCUAUCAUCACCUCUUAAUCCAAAUCCACUUUCUUCAUCAACGUCAACCAUUAAAUCAAAUGGUAAAAACUCAGGGUCCGGUGGAGGAGUAAUGAGACGAACAUCAUCCAAAGAGAAAAGAUUAGUUCGUCGAAGCUCAUCCAAAAAAGAUAAAGAAAAUGGUAACAAAAGCGGACCCCCAAGCAUAAUGGUCUGUGAUUCAACCUCCCCGGCACAAAGUGUACUAGGUGGUCCAACUACCGGGUCAUCAACAGGGACAUCAUCAUUACCAGGUCAUCCAUCAAUAUCAUCACCCAUCAUAUGUACAGACAUGGACGUUUCACCAACACUUGCUUAUAAACCCAGAAUUUGAUUCUAAAAUUGAUUCAACUCUUUCAAAACCGAAUCAAUUUUAAAUCAAAUCAACACAAAUACAUCAUCAUUCAUCAUAAAACUCAUCUUUCUCUCUCUAAUUGACGCUCUUCUAAAUUCACUUACUCAAAAAAACCAAUCUUCAACAUGACCUGAAACAUCCAUGACAUUUUUAUCUCCAUUCUCAUCCACCUUCAUCCUCUCAUCUGCUUAUAAAAGUACAUUGAGUUGACAAAAAAAAAACGAUCCACUUUUCCAUCACUUAUCAUAUGACAACAAUCAUCCUGACCCACCUUUUGCAAUUUUAAUGCAAACCUAUUUACACACACAAAAAAACUCACUUUCAAAACAAAACAAAUAUACAUAAUUUACGCUUAAAUCAUUACUACGACAGUCUUUUCAGUCCCUUUUGCACAAAAUUUUGCUACUACUGAAUUUUUCUUGCUUUUUCUUAAUUGCUUUUUUUUUCAUAAGAAAACAGAUUCUUUUUUUCUAAUACAAUUCUGAAUCUUUGAGCUGCCUGAAAAUCAACUAAUUGAGCUUCAAGCUCUUUCUCCUUUUCCUCUCUUGUCUUUUUUGUAACUUUUUUCCUUCUACUAAAUGCAAACAACGAUAUGAUAAUCGUCUCAUGUCCAACUUGGAAACUAAUUCUAAAUCUACUGAUCCAGUUUUAUAUCUUCCAUGAAUAUUGAGCAUAAUCAUCAUCCUUGAAUCUUCUUAUUGGAAAACAAAAACGAUUUCCUGGCCCACCUUUGAACAACAAAAAGCGAUGAGAAACACAUCAAUUAUAAUGGACAAUAAGAAAGAAGAUACAAAAAAAAUUGUCUUCCUUUCUCUCUCUCCCUCUGAAAGGUCCAUAUACUGAUGUAAACAACAAAUACUGAUUCGAUUCACUGAAAACCUUAAAAACAAUAACAAUUAUCAUGAAGAAACACCAACAAAAAAAAUAAUAUUCAAGCUCAAUCAAUUUCAAUUACCUGACAACCAUUUCGAUGAUUGUUAUUUUUUCAUCUCUUUUUUUCAACAAUCAACUAGACAAAAAAGCAAGCUUCUCUCUCUCUCUCUCUUAAAAUCCACUUUUUUACUGAUUCUUAAUUAAUUGCAAAUGGUCAAUUGAUUAAAACAUCUAAUAUGUAACAAUGAGUGUAAAGACAUGAUAUAAACAAUUAUUAUAAAUAAAAGACGCACCCAUUUAAAUGUCUAAUCAUUUACCUUUUAAA